AUGAUUAUUAAUUACCGGUUAUCAACCCAUUCCUUUACUUUAAUCUUCCUCAAUUUAUAUUUCUUGUGCCAUAUUGUUUAUUGUAAUGGUGAGUUGAUGAACUUUUUAAACUGGGAUUUGGGCUUUGGGCUAGGGCUCGGGGCUAGGGCUCUGGGCUAGGGCUCUGGGCUAGGGCUCUGGGCUAGGGCUCUGGGCUAGGGCUCUGGGCUAGGGCUCUGGGCUAGGGCUCUGGGCUAGGGCUCUGGGCUAGGGCUCUGGGCUAGGGCUCUGGGCUAGGGUUUUGGGCUAGGGCUCUGGGCUAGGGCUCUGGGCUAGGGCUCUGGGCUAGGGUUUUGGGCUAGGGCUCUGGGCUAGGGCUCUGGGCUAGGGCUCUGGGCUAGGGCUCUGGGCUAGGGCUCCGGGCUAGGGCUCUGGGCUAGGGCUCUGGGCUAGGGCUCUGGGUUAGGGCUCUGGGCUAGGGCUCUGGGCUAGGGCUUUGGGCUAGGGCUCGGGGCUAGGGCUCUGGCCUAAGGCUGGGACAGCUAUUUAAAUUUUUGAAAUUUCAAACUGAAAAAUUUAAAUUUUUUUCAGAAAAUUGUCUCAGUUUGUCAUCGGAUUGUUGCUGGCAUGAAAAUAACAGUUCAAGGUCCUGGAAAUAUCAUGAUCACAUUGAUCCAACCUAUUAUCGUCGGACUUUUCGUUUGGGGACUUUGAGAGCUCCUCCUGGUAAGGGUUUUCAUUAUUUUUGAACAUUUCUUUUCAAAAACAGUCAAAAAUGCCCAAAAUCCACCCUAAAACCUUAUAAACCCUUCCUUUCCUCCCCAAAGCGAUUCAAAACGAAAACAAAGAUGGAACGAAGCGUGCAGGGAUGGCCGAGUGGUCUAAGGCGCUAGACUCAAGCGAAACAGCUUCGUCGCAACCCGACGGUUCGGAGCCUUCUAGUAUCGUUAUCGAUGCGUGGGUUCGAAUCCCACUUCCUGCAGAAGUUUUUGCAUUUUUUGGAAGGUUUUUGAUAACAAAAUGAAAAAUUUUGAUAUUUUAGGUAAUAAAAUUUUUAGAAAUAGAUUUUUAAAAGGUUUUCAAGAGGUUUUGGGUUUAAAAAUGACAGUUUUGGACUAAAAAAGCUCGUUUUUCUUGAUUUUUUGCUUGUUUUUUGCUGUUUUUGCCUCUGUAAAGAAAGCUUUCGCAUUUUUUUUGAAAAACUUUAGCUAAAAAAAUUUUAGAAAAUUACAUAUUUGUAAAUUUUUUAGUGUUUGUAGGUUAAAAAAUGACAAUUAUAGGCCAAAAUACCUUGAGUAUUACCCAUUUUUAGCCCUUUUUAGCCAUUUUUUACAUUGUAAAGAAAGUUUUUGCUAUUUUCCCAAAUCCAAAUUUAUAAAGCUUUGUUUGUUUGUUCAAGGCUUGAUAUAGUAGUUGUUUAUUUUUAGCCCGCGGCUACUACUCGAGCGUUUUAAGUGAGCCGUACGAGCUGAGUGCGCUGGAAAGUUGCGAUUACUGCUCUGGAACUGGAGUUGUAACUGUGUCUAUUAGGUAAUAUACAUUUACAUAUAUUCAAACUCAUACACAAUCACAAACAUAUACAUUUACUUUAGACAUUGGGCAAGUCCGGUGUCAUUGUUUCAACUUUGUUGGCGACAACAAGCUGAUAACAGAAGUGUGUCACAGUGUAAAGAGUUGGAUUCCAAUAAGCAUGGAUUAGUUGAAACACAGGCUAUUAGAGUCAUACAGGGGUAUCCUGUCAAUGUGAGUUUGUGUUAUAGAGCUUAAUUUCAAUUUUUGAAAAUUCGAUAAAUUUUGUGACAUUUCGUUUUUUUCUAAUAAGUUUUGUGGCACUUCGUUACAAAGUUAAAACUAAUUCAAACAGCUGUUUUAAUAAUUAGAAUUUUUUAAUAAUUGAUAUUAGAAACAUAUUUUUAAAAUUCAAUACACUUUGUGAGAUUUUGUCUUAUUUUACAAUGCUUUUUGGCAUUUCGUUGCACUUUUCAAUAAUUUUUGUGACACUUUAUUACAAACAUAAAAAUGUUUUAAACUGACGUUUUAAUGAUUAAAAAGUUCGAAUAACUAUAAUAAUUUUUAAAAAAUUAAUAAAUUUUGUGACAUUUCGUCUCAGUUUCCAAUAAUAUAUGUGGCACUUUGUUCCAAAGUCAAAAAUGAUUGUAACUAGUGUUCUGAUGGUUAAAAUGUUCUAACAAAUGAUAAAAAAAAUUUUUUAAUUCGAUGAAUGUUUUGACAUUUUGUCUCACUUUCCAAUAAAUUUUUGUUUUGGUCUUUGCGAUAUUACUAAAACACCUCAAAAACUAAUAAAAAUUGACAUUAAAAGAUUUGUUUAACGUAUUUUACACUGUUUCAGAUAGUAAUAGUCCUCCGAAGUCGAAGUGUCCACCUACCACCGACCGGUCUAAUCGAUUUUCUUAAUGUUCAAACUGAACCAUGUGAUACCAAUUUGAAGUUGCCUAAAAAGGAAGUAAAGCCAAGGUUUUACGAUGAGUCAAAUGAUGAUCCUUCUAUUAAACGUCAACGAAAAAUUGGCAGAACGGCUAUUCAGUUACCAACGGAAAGCGAUAAGGCAGUUAAGAACGGUGGUAAGUCUGACAUUUUUUGGUCAUAACUUUUUUAGAAAUGAAGGUAGAGGUUUGAAAUUUUGUGUCAUGAUGGGUUAUUUAGUUUGUCAUAGACUUUUUAAAAUAAAAUUUUAAAAUAUAAGCGUGUUAUGAAGAUACAGUAGUUUUACCGUAUACUAGUUUUUCUAAUUUAGCCGUUGCUAACUUGGUUUUUUUAGUGUAACUUGUUUGAAAAAGUAGGUACAGACUUGCCAUUUGAAGACAUUGUAUACAUUGGUAUUGGCAUACAGAACUAUAAGAAGAAUUGUUAAACUUACAGUACUUUUAAAGUUACAGUAAUUUUAAAUUAACCACUUUUUCAAAUUUUUUCUUAGUAACUCAACUUUUUUUUAUCAUAAUGUUUUUUUAAAUUUAGGUAUAAACUUGAACAUUUGUGACAAUAAAGCUAAUUCCAAUUGUCAUCAAAGUCUUUAAACCAAUUUUUAAAAUUUCAAAAAUUCUCAAAGUUACAGUAACUAAACCCCCACCUCUUCCAGCCGCCCGCUUCAAAAGCCAAGGCCAGUUCAAGUCAGAUCCAAAAUACGAACAAGCCAAAGACGAUGGUAUCUACGAAGAAUUACUCAGUAAAAAACGCAGUUACUACGAUAAAUUACUGGAGAAGCAGUUACUGCGAAAAGAUUUUAAAACUCAUCAGUUAGCUGCGCCUAGGGUUGAUAUUCAGUCGAAGAAUGGAAGUCGACCGGUCGGUAAUAAUCGAGUUCCUCCUGGUAGACGAAUUUUAACUACUGGAUGGAGCAAACGGAAAAAUGAUGACUCUAGUGGUCGUGAUGGUACUAGUGGUACUAAUAGUGGUGCUAAUGGUCCUACUGAUACUGUUGGUACAAAUAGUGCUACUAGAAAUGGAGUAAAUGGCGGUGUGGCUAUAAAAAGUAAUGGCAAUGAUCAAAAUGGCGCAAUUGGUACUGUUGGUACAACUACUGAAAGGAAUAUUGAAGAAAGUCGGGCGAAAACUACUAACAAUAUACCUGACCGUAAGUCAUUCUUUAAUCAUAAAAUUAAUAUUUUUAAAUUUAAAAAAAUGGAAACAAAGUUUUUGCAUGUAAAAAAUAGGUGACUUUAAUCUUGUCAAACAGAUUUGUAAAAUUUAGUUUGUAAACAAAGUUAUUGCGCUUUUUUUCAGCCUUAAGUGAAAUGUUCGGCAAGGACUUCGCGGAGUUUUUGGAGCCCACGUUCAACUCUUCUAAAUACGAAAAAGAGGAAGAAUUUGAAGACCAAGACUCCCUAAAGUCUACUAAACAACGGCAACAAGUUGAGAAUGGUCCAAAAGUUGCGGCGUCGCCAAUAUCAACAACUUCUGCAACUCUACUCAAGAGUCAAAACUCUGAAUAUUCGUCUAAUUUGGGAGUUUUUGGCCAAAAUGAGGUGACCAGACCUAAAAGUAAUCUUGGCCAAAGUGGUCAGCUUGGCCACAAAGGUAUUGAAAAUGGCAUAGCAUCGAAAUUUGGCCAAGACAAUCAAAAUGAAAAAAGGGCGGAUCAUUUUUCCACGACAACUCAAAGCUUGGCUAGAGCUGACGGUGGGUCGGCUGAAAGUCGAUUUUCUAGCCAAACUGAGGUUAGCCGUGGCAGAAAUUUAGGCUUAGAAGAUAGCCAAGAUUCUAGGGAUACUAGUCUGGUUGGUUUUGGUACAAAAAAGAAUGUCUUAUCCACCGUAAAUGGCAAAAACUCUCAACUUUCCCAAGACACUUCGACAAUUUUCAACGAGCCGCGCCAGCCGGGCCUAUCAACUAAGCCAAAAGACAUUGAUGCUGAAAGACAGCCCAGUCCAAGACUCUUCCAGUCCACUCAAAAAUCUAGUCUGGUUGAUAGCGAUGAACCUACAGUAACAGUUUUUUCUCCGGCAUCUCACGCCUUUACCACUGAGAAUCCGGUGGCUUUGGCCAAACUGAAGAUCCACCAUUUGAACGAAGAGUUGACUCGAGAUUUGGCUAAUAAGCUGCCCAAUCCAUUGAGAGUGGUACCAGUUGAUAUGAACAAACAUGCUAUGGCGCAUCAUCACCAUGUUGCUGAUGUUAUACCACCUCAUAUACAUCCUGCUCAUUCUGUGCCUAUUGUUGGGGCUGGUGCGCGUGGUACUGAUGAUGGUGCACAUGGUACUGGUGGUACUCAUGGUACUAAUAAUGCUCAAAAUAAAGGCGGUACUAUUAGUACAAGCAGCAUACAAGCUAAAGGUGGUACACAUGGUACUGUUGAUGAAACUGGUACAGAUGGUACAUUUGGUACUCUUCAAAACAAUGCUCAACGUACUCAAAACUUAAUUCUAGAGCACAAAUUUAAAAAUCAUGUAGAUAGUACUAUUGGUACUCAUUUAGUACCGAGACCUCAAGAUGGUAUAAUAGCAUCAAAUAUACUGACAAUUACUACCACUUCACCAUUAGUACAUCAUACUACAACAUUGCGCUCAGAAAACCGUUUUGGUACACAUGGUACUCAAACCCACCCACAUGGUACCCAGACUCACCCAGAAGCCAAAUUUGGCCCAAAUUCGUUCCAACGAAUCACUACAACAACAUAUUCACCAUGGUGGGAGGCUACGCAUGAACAAGAUCGUAUGGUACUGAAAACAACAACGGUACCAAACUUUUUAAUACCCAACAAGUUUGUAGUACCAGUAGGACCAGAUGCUAAUAAUGCGCCUCAAAAUUUAAAAAAUACCGUCAAUUUACAAAACAAUGACCAAAAGGCACCAACGGUACCAAAAAUUGAUCAAGACGUACCAUUAGUACCACAGAUAUCUGAAAGUGCUUCAAGAGCACCAUUGGCUGUAAUAAGUAGUACAGAACCAUCGUGGAGUCAUUUUAAAGUACCAGACGCUAUGGUUUCAAAAACUGAUGCAAGUGGUACACUUGGUACCAAUGAUAAUGACAAAGAAUGCGACUUUUCUGGUGGAUGUCUGUUUGAAAAUGGCUUCUGUGGCUUCAGGAAUAUGAAUCCGACCGUGUUUCGAAAAGUUAAUGGUAAGUAAUGAAAAAAGACGAAAAAUCAAUACUAUGUAGACGAAAUGUAAAUAGAAGAGUAAAGAAGGGCAAGAUAACGCAGAGCAAAGCAGAGCAGAGUAGGGUAGAGUAGGUUGUAGGGAAAGGCUAAGAGUAAGGGUACGGUAGAUUAUAUCAGGGCAGGGUAUGAGAUAAGAGUACGGUAAGGCUAAGAUUAAGGAUAGGGCUUGGCUAGAAGAUACUGUAAAGUCAACUAUAGAGUUUGGUUAGUCAAGGCUACAGAGUAGGAUACGGUAGUGCAUAACGUAACAUAAGAACAAGCGUAGGGUAGGGUAGGGUAGGGUAGGGUAGGGUAGGGUAGGGUAGGGUAGGAUACUAUCUAAUGACGAAACCUCACUUUCAGUAGCCCAGUCCAACUUCAUAGAGACUCGAGUCAACCCAGGUCAAGUAGCUUCAAUUGAAUCCCCAACAAAUGCGACCAGUCGAUUUUUCGUGGUCUUUGAUUACUUGGAAUGGACAGAAGGAGAGCGAUUCAUGGGUUGUUGUCAAUUUAAAACAAAUGACAAAAUUCAACUGAGGUGUCCAUUUGAAAGUGAACGAAGGCAGGGAGAAGUGAUUUGGAGGGGUGGGACAAUGGAGUGCGUGGAGGAGACAGAAAAGGUAAGAAAACAUAAAAUGGCAAGAACUUUCUUUACAAAACAAAACAUGACAAGAACUUUCUUUACAAAACAAAAAAUGGCAAGAACUUUCUUUACAAAACAAAAAAUGGAAAGAACUUUCUUUACAAAAUAUGAAAUGGCAAGAACUUUCUUUACAAAACAUAAAAUGGCAAGAACUUUCUUUACAAAACAAAAAAUGGCAAGAACUUUCUUUACAAGCUAAAAAAUGGCAUUUUCAGAUAAUUUUUAUUUGUGAAAAUUUGGGUAACAAAAAUGGAAUUUGCGCCUUGGACAACGUUCGCCUCCAUCCAAUUUCAGACCCCAGCUUCACCGAGCCGUGUCAACGUGAAGCCUUGAAUAUGUUGUGA